GUUUGAAUUAACCAUUUACUUGUACUACCAUAAGAUAUACAAUGUAAACGUCUAGCUUAAAGUCACACCCUUCGUUUUCAUUGAUAACGGUGCGUCUACGUAGUCGAUGGUCGAUAAGUCGAUCGGCGCCCCGAGUCCCCGCUCUGGGAUCGACAGUGCGGUCUGACGGGACUCGGCCGGGCAGCUGCGCCGCGGCGGCCGGAGGGCGGUCCGCUUCCCAGCAGCCGAGAGACCUGGUCCGCCUCGCUGCUGAUUUCCGGACCGCAGAAGAGCCAUGGGUCCGUGACAGCGUCGCCAGCAGGCCCGCGGGCAGCUUCUCGCUUUCACGUUUCAUUCAGCUUCAGCUGAAGUCUUUCAUUAACCAGCGCUCCGUCGCCUACGAAUACCAACGGAUUUUUUUUAACUAGCUGGCCGGCCGGUAACAAGUCCUCGUAAUUAUCAGCGCUGCCCAUGCUGACAGCAUGGAAAAUGCAGGGUACUGCGACGAGAGCUUCAGUAGCCUCCAGAGCGGCACCAGUGACGAGGACAUGGUGGAAAUCGCUGGGGCCACACUGGAUUUCUCCAGCACGGAUGAUGUCCCGCCACUGGAUCGGGACUAUGUCUCAGGUACGUACUGGGUGCUCCUGGGGACGGAACUGGCAGUGCUCGUAAGCCUAGCAUUCAGACAGCGGUCAUCAGCUUCACCAUAAACGUGAAUAAUGUCGUCGCGUUUGCUAGUCGUUUGUCUUUUCAAGUAGCUCAGUUUGUCCAUUUAAAAAUAUAGCUUCCAUCUUAGUGACUGCAAUAAUGCAGUUCUUCAAUUAUUUGUAGAUGUUGGAUAUGAAUAGGGAAGCUUCCAAAGACAUCUACAGCAGAUCUGCCGUUCUAGUUUAUAUGCGAUAAGUUAGUUUAGGAAGCAUUAAAAAUGAAUGAAUCGUAAGAUGAGAGUCAAUAUGAGUUUUUCAAACUGGUUAAUCCAAACUGGCACCUAUAUUGUCUGGUGAUGGCCACCGUAGGCAUUAUUUUGAAAUGGAAGUUGGAACGCAGCUUCUCUUUGUUGGUGUCUUUGCUCUUUUUGAAACCUGCUUUCCCUCUGUGAUGUUCUUCAUGCUUACACUCCUUGACAGUUUUAUUUACUGUUCUCAAGCACUGACGCGUUCCCUCUGCCAAGCUCAGGGUCAGUGUUUGCGCGAAGACAGUAUAGCUGAAGGUUUUGUAAAAGGUUUCCAGUGAAGAACUGUAUGCGUGGCUUUCUGAAUCAGGACCACAUCAUAGCACAAGGUCCCACAGCUACUGGAUGUCUCUGCCAGAGUUUGAAUUAUAAAUGAAAUGUCGAAGGUUGCGCUUGUAAUCUCUGGUUACGCUGGGGGUUUGUUUCCGGUGGAG